AUGUUGCACCAUCUUGUGGAUAUCGAAGAAACUCUCUACCGAUGCAAUCAUGUGGAUCUGCGAGUGGCUGAGAAGCCCAAUUCUCAAUAUCCAGGUGACAAGCCAGACACACCUGGUAUUCCAAGGACACACUCACAUGCCGACAGUGAAGAAGAAGUGAUACCACAGACUAGUACUAAUGACAGCCCUGAGCAAGCAGGACCUGACAGCAGUCAAGUUCAAAGCAUGCCA